GAACUUCUUCCUCGUACAUUUUUUUCUUGCAUGAUUUCAUCCAGUUAUCUUGUUAUUUUUUUAAAAGAGGCGAAAAUAUUUCAUGUAGAAGGAGCACAAAGAUUAAUAAAAUGUCUGCUAAGCCAACUUGUUUGAUAGUGGCGAGCGCCUUUCCUCAAGGGGUGUCCGCGAGGUCUUUCCAUCAGUCCUUCAGUCUCUGUACCUCCGCGUUUAAUCUCCAGACAGCCACACCUGGGGGGAAGCCAAUAGACUUUGUUGGAGUGGAUGAAAGCACGGCCAGAUGGGUGCAGGACUUCAAUGUUAAACCUUACGCAACACCAGCCAAACUUGAAUCUAUAGAUGGUGCCCGAUACCAGGCGCUGCUCAUCCCGGACUGCCCUGGAGCGCUGAAUGACCUGGCACACAGCGGCUCUCUGCACCGCAUUCUCACACACUUCAUCUCUCACCAAAAGCCAAUCUGUGCAGUGGGACAAGGCGUGUCAGCUCUGUGCUGUGCCACUGAGGGACAGAAGUGGAUCUUCAGUGGCUAUAGUUUAACAGGGCCCUCAGUGUUUGAACUGGUGCGGAGGCCUGACUUCGCCAACCUGCCCCUGAUUGUGGAAGACUUUGUGAAAGACAGUGGAGGUUCAUACACAGCAAGUCAAGAAGAUGCUGUACAUGUGGUCAUAGACAGACACCUGAUAACUGGUCAGAACAUGGAGUCGACCUCCCUUGCUGUAAACAAUCUAAUCCUGCUCUGUAGUGCCAAGUAAAAAUAGUAAUGUUUGAAUCAGGAGCACUGAAAUUCAUCAGCUUAUCUGUUUCACAUUUAUAUUCAUGUAAUUAAACAAACAUUCAUCUGAGAUAAAUACUGGAAGAUGCUGCGGCAGAACAGAUGUUUGGCAACACUGUAAAUACAACUUCAUUACUUGUCAAUGCUGUUAUUAUAAAUCUAAUAAAAACCACACAAUCAAA